GGUCUCGGACCCGGCGGGGGCCAGCCCAAUUUAACCCCUGCUUCUUCUUCUUCUCUCUCUCUCUCCUCCCUCCUCUCCCCCAGGAAGCUCCACUGUACCAGGAACUAUAUCCAUUUGAACCUCUUCAUUUCCUUCAUGCUGAGAGCUAUCUCUGUCUUCAUCAAGGACGGGGUCCUCUAUGCUCAGGAGGAUGCAAACCACUGCUUCAUACACACCGUGAGUUACACAUACACACCAACGCACAGACACACGCACAUUUCAACCAUGUGAUGACGGUUCAUUAUGCAGUAAGCGUGUGAUGUGGCGGCAGGUAGCUUAGUGGUGAGCGUUGUGCCAGUAACCGAAAGGUCGCUGGUUCUAAUCCUCGAGCCGACUAGGUGAAAAAUCUGUCGAUGUGCCCUUGAGCAAGGCACCAUGUCUUAAAGUAAUGAUGGACUGUCGUUUCUCUUUGCUUAUUUGAGCUGUUCUUGUCAUAAUAUGGACUUGGUCUUUUACCAAAUAGGGCUAUCUUCUGUAUACCCCCCUACCUUGUCACAACACAAUUGAUUGGCUCAAACGCAGUAAGAAGGAAAGAAAUUCCACAAAUUAACUUUUAAGAAGGCACACCUGUUAAUUGAAAUGCGUUCUAGGUGACUACCUCAUGAAGCUGGUUGAGAGAAUGCCAAGAGUGUGCAAAGAUGUCAUCAAGGCAAAGGGUGGCUACUUUGAAGAAUCUCAAAUAUAGAAUGUAUUUUGAUUUGUUUAACACUUUUUUGGUUACUACAUGAUUCCAUAUGUGUUAUUUCAUAGUUUUGAUGUCUUCACUAUUAUUCUACAAUGUAGAAAAUAGUAAAAAUAAAGAACAACCCUUGAAUGAGGAGGUGUGUCCAAACUUUUGACUGGUACUGUAUGUGUCCACUAGUGGGUAAGCAGUGAUGGUUUACUGUAUGUCCUAGGGUUAGCGGAUGGUGUUUGUACUGUAUGUGUCCACUAGGUGGUGUAAAAGGUGAGGUGUUGUACUGUAUGUGUCCACUAGGUGGAUGUGUAAAGCAGUGAUGGUGUUUACUGUAUGUGUCCACUAGGUGGAGUGUAAAGCAGUGAUGGUGUUGUACUGUAUGUGUCCACUAGGUGAGUGUAAAGCAGUGAUGGUGUUUACUGUAUGUGUCCACUAGGUGGAGUGUAAAGCAGUGAUGGUGUUAUACUGUAUGUGUCCACUAGGUGGAGUGUAAAGCAGUGAUGGUGUUGUACUGUAUGUGUCCACUAGGUGGAGUGUAAAGCAGUGAUGGUGUUAUACUGUAUGUGUCCACUAGGUGGAGUGUAAAGCAGUGAUGGUGUUGUACUGUAUGUGUCCACUAGGUGGAGUGUAAAGCAGUGAUGGUGUUAUACUGUAUGUGUCCACUAGGUGGAGUGUAAAGCAGUGAUGGUGUUACUGUAUGUGUCCACUAGGUGGAAGUGGGUGUUAAGAGUGCACGUGAGUGAUGCGUGUGGUGUACUGUAUGUGUCCACUAGGUGGAGUGUAAAGCAGUGAUGGUGUUAUACUGUAUGUGUCCACUAGGUGGAGUGUAAAGCAGUGAUGGUGUUAUACUGUAUGUGUCCACUAGGUGGAGUGUAAAGCAGUGAUGGUGUUAUACUGUAUGUGUCCACUAGGUGGAAGUGUAAAGCAGUGAUGGGUUAUACUGUAUGUGUCCACUAGGUGGAGUGUAAAGCAGUGAUGGUGUUAUACUGUAUGUGUCCACUAGGUGGAGUGUAAGCAGUGAUGGUUUAUACUGUAUGUGUCCACUAGGUGGAGUGUAAAGCAGUGAUGGGUUAUACUGUAUGUGUCCACUAGGUGGAGUGUAAAGCAGUGAUGGCGUUAUACUGUAUGUGUCCACUAGGUGGAAGUAGUGUAAAGCAAGUGAACGUGAUGGGUUAUACUGUAUGUGUCCACUAGGUGGAUAAAGCAGAUGGUAAUACGUAGUGUCCUAGGUGAGUGUAAAGCAGUGAUGGUGUAAACUGUAUGUGUCCACUAGGUGGAGUGUAAAGCAGUGAUGGCGUUGUACUGUAUGUGUCCACUAGGUGGAGUGUAAAGCAGUGAUGGCGUUGUACUGUAUGUGUCCACUAGGUGGAGUGUAAAGCAGUGAUGGCGUUGUACUGUAUGUGUCCACUAGGUGGAGUGUAAAGCAGUGAUGGCGUUGUACUGUAUGUGUCCACUAGGUGGAGUGUAAAGCAGUGAUGGCGUUGUACUGUAUGUGUCCACUAGGUGGAGUGUAAAGCAGUGAUGGCGUUGUACUGUAUGUGUCCACUAGGUGGAGUGUAAAGCAGUGAUGGCGUUGUACUGUAUGUGUCCACUAGGUGGAGUGUAAAGCAGUGAUGGCGUUGUACUGUAUGUGUCCACUAGGUGGAGUGUAAAGCAGUGAUGGCGUUGUACUGUAUGUGUCCACUAGGUGGAGUGUAAAGCAGUGAUGGCGUUGUACUGUAUGUGUCCACUAGGUGGAGUGUAAAGCAGUGAUGGCGUUGUACUGUAUGUGUCCACUAGGUGGAGUGUAAAGCAGUGAUGGCGUUGUACUGUAUGUGUCCACUAGGUGGAGUGUAAAGCAGUGAUGGCGUUGUACUGUAUGUGUCCACUAGGUGGAGUGUUAAAGCAGUGAUGGCGUUGUACUGUAUGUGUCCACUAGGUGGAGUGUUAAAGCAGUGAUGGCGUUGUACUGUAUGUGUCCACUAGGUGGAGUGUAAAGCAGUGAUGGCGUUGUACUGUAUGUGUCCACUAGGUGGAGUGUAAAGCAGUGAUGGCGUUGUACUGUAUGUGUCCACUAGGUGGAGUUGUAAAGCAGUGAUGGCGUUGUACUGUAUGUGUCCAACUAGGUGGAGUGUAAAGCAGUGAUGGCGUUGUACUGUAUGUGUCCACUAGGUGGAGUGUAAAGCAGUGAUGGCGUUGUACUGUAUGUGUCCACUAGGUGGAGUGUAAAGCAGUGAUGGCGUUGUACUGUAUGUGUCCACUAGGUGGAGUGUAAAGCAGUGAUGGCGUUGUACUGUAUGUGUCCACUAGGUGGAGUGUAAAGCAGUGAUGGUGUUGUACUGUAUGUGUCCACUAGGUGGAGUGUAAAGCAGUGAUGGCGUUGUACUGUAUGUGUCCACUAGGUGCAGUGUAAAGCAGUGAUGGCGUUGUACUGUAUGUGUCCACUAGGUGGAGUGUAAAGCAGUGAUGGUGUUGUACUGUAUGUGUCCACUAGGUGGUGUGUAAAGCAGUGAUGGUAUUAUUCCACUACUGUGUGAUGUCCAACUACUUCUGGCUGUUCAUCGAAGGCUUGUACCUCUUCACCCUGCUGGUCCAAACCUUCUUCCCAGAGAGACGAUACUUCUACUGGUACACCGUGGUAGGAUGGGGUGAGUAG